CAAAAUGGCGGACGAGGGUCAAGCGAGUGAAACAAACACAACAUCGACAAAUUGCGACACAAAUCGACAGCCAGUCGCAACCGAUGCAAGCCAGACGGAAAAUCCUACAAACAUUAAGCAAUCAGCAAAAGAUAAAGUUGAAGUACUUUUAAAGGCGGCUGGCGAUGCCCCGAUCAUGAAAAGGAAGAAAUGGGCUGUGGAAGGAAGUAAGACGGUAGCCUAUCUUAUCGAGUUUAUACGGAAAUAUAUCAGAUGUGAACCGUCGGAAUCUUUGUUUCUAUAUGUUGGACAAGCUUUUGCUCCGUCUCCUGAUCAAUUGGUGUCAAAUCUGUACAAUUGUUUUGGAGCUGAUGGAAAGCUAGUCCUUCAUUACUGCAAGUCUCAAGCGUGGGGUUGAGAACUGGAAAUAUGGUUAAUAGAAUACAUAGUUAAUAAACAGUAGAACACAGCAGCUAGGGCACUUUGUCUGUGAAUCCUGUGGAAAUGAUUCCAAUCUAAUGUGUAGAAAAUUUAACCCAUACCUGGUGCAAACAGCUAAAGUUACUUUGUCUGUGAAUCCCGUGGAAAUGACCCCAAUCUAAUGUUUAGAAAAUUUAAGCCAUUCCUGGCGCAAACAGCUAGAGUACUUUGUCUGUGAAUCCCGUGGAAAUGACUCCAAUCUAAUGUUUAGAAAAUUUAACCCAUACCUGGUGCAAACACAGAGUGUGCACCCCUUGGCGGUCAUUUUUUUAUUAAAGAAAUCCUCAAAUACUUUGCAUUUUCAUAUGCACCCCUCCCCCCUCAGGUAUGUGCCUGAAUACCUAGGUAUAACCUAAAUCAGGGUUUAUGUUCGGAGAAAUAUUAUCACAACACUGGGGAGAUGGUUGCACAAGUACCCUUGAAAUGUUUAGUGAAUUGAGAACGUCGAUUUCUGGGGUUUUGAGACAAGGGAAAACACAAAUUUAAAAUAGAGGCUGCAAAUGGAUUUUGCUGAGUCAUGGACAGAGACACUCCACACAAAGGGCCCAGCAAAAUACAGAGAAAAGAGGCCUCUGCUAGUAGGGAGAGAAUUUAUUUGGUUUAGGUUCUAUUUUUUUCUACACAUUAGAUUGGGGUAAUUUUUGAAGGAUUCACUGAAAAACAACCCUAAUUCUUGUAAGUAGACAACAAAUUCAAUAAUAUUGAGGACACAAA